AUGUCCGAAGAUUCCCUCCUCUCCCAACUCUGCAAUAUCUGCCACAUCAAUACCCCCAAAUACCGCUGUCCCCGCUGCUCCAUCCGCACAUGCUCCCUGCCUUGCACCCGGAAACACAAAACCUGGUCCUCAUGCACCGGCGUCCGCGAUCCAGCAGCAUACCUAACCCGCUCCCAACUCGCGACGGAGGUAUCGUUUGAUCGUGACUUUAAUUUCAUCACGGGCAUUGAGCGGAGUUUGGAACGUGCGGAGCGAGACGCGGAGAAUAGAGGGAUUGAGUUGGAGCAUGAGUAUAUGCUCAAGACUACUGCCGAGAAUGGUGGGAAGAAAAGGAAAAGAGGGGAUAAGAAUGCCAAUGCGGCGCCGAGGAUGGUGAAAGGUGAACUUGGGUUUGUGCGUGCUGCUGCAGAGGCUGGUGUUAAGCUUGUGCGUGCUCCUGGGGGAUUAUCGAGGAGGAAGAUGAAUCAUUCCAGGGUCCAUCCUAAACAUAAAUGCCUAAACUGGAGCGUGGAAUGGAUUGUGCCAGCUACCGGACAGACGAUUGUCAGACCUUGUCUGGAGACUACGCCGUUGAAAGAAGCCUACGAUCGAGUCUUCCCUAUUUCAAAUAGUGACCGUAACAAUAUACCUACGGACGAGCAACAGUCCUCUACAGAAAAAGCGAACAAUUCCCACCGCAACGUCUACUUAUACCUCCAUCGUCAUCGAGCGGCUACAAUAAAUAUUGUCCUGGUACCGCUAGAACCAUCAGCGACUUUACGCGAUGUUCUUCGUGGGAAAAGCGUGCUUGAGUUUCCGAGUAUAUUUGUUUUGAAAGGUGAUUUGCGUCAGCUGGAAACAGAUACGGAGGGUGGUGUGGCGAUGUCAGGGGUAUCUGGUAAGAGGAGGUUUAUCUUGGAAGAGGUUUAUUUGAAGGAUCGUCCGGGUGAAGUUGAGGAUGAGGAUGAGAAUAGUGGGAAUGGAGAUGAAGAGGAGGAGGAUUAUACAAGUAGUGAGGGUUCGUCGAGUGAGGAGUCUAGUGACGAGGAUGAAUCUGAGGACGGAAACGAGAACGAAGACGAAGCUGAAGUUGCGGCUGGAAGAAACGAAACCCAGGAUGAAUCGCUCGUGGAUCAUAGCGUGAUACUUCCCUAGCAUAUCCCAAACACGA